AUGACGUUAUCCAAAUUUAUUAUAAAUUUAAGUUCUGUAAAUAUUCUUUGGAGACAUUAUUUGGCCAUAAUUGCUUCCGUUCUUCUUCCAAUUAUUAUUCUUUUCACUUUAUCAUUUUUAUCAAAUAAACCGACACCCGAAAAUGAAUAUUUAACAAAUUAUGAAUUGGCACAAAUUUUGGAAAUUGACAAUUAUACACUUAAAAAUUAUGUUGUUAGCAUGAGAUCUUCGGUAUACAUAAAUAUAUUUUUUAGUAGUAUUUUGCUAAUGAAAAUUCGAAAUAAAAUUUUUAAUUUUCCAAAAAAGCCUGACAAUCUACUUUCAUCCAUUACCUCAACAUUUGCUACUUUUCUUUCAUUUUUAACAUAUAUACCGUAUUUCCUAUAUUAG